AACCACCUGUUCUCAGCGAGGACGGCUUCCCUCUGCUCUCUGCUCUUCUGCCAGGCAGGGUGCAGAGAGCAGGACCGAGUGAGGUCAAAAGUCCUUCUUUCAUUCUAGUUGCUGUCGUGCAACGGCAGACAGAUGACAAGGCUUCCGCCGCACCUGAGCUACUGGAAAUUGGGAAAUGACUCAAACAGGUGCAAGUGAUUAACGAAAAGGGUCCCGAAAAGGGUCUGGAAAUGAUCGUCACAAUUUUUAUGUUUUCAUUUUUUUUAAUUGACAUUUUUAAAAAUAUUGUUAUUAACAUAUUUUACUAUUGUUUUGUUACAUUUUCAUUAUGGUAGCACUUUGUUUUUAAUGUUUUCUUGGAGUUUAUUUUUUAUGAUCAUUUUUUCCAAUUUUUUUUCAUUUUAUGAUAAUUUUACAAUUUUGCAUUUUCAUUUUUAUCAUCAUUUUUCACUAUUUACUAUAUAUAUAUAUACCAUUGCAUUUAGUGUGCCAGUGUUUUGUAGUUUAAUGAAUUUGUAUUUAUUAGUGUUUUAUAAAAGCAUUUAUUUAUUGUUUGCGCCAAUUCAUGCAUUUUUCUCAAGUAGUUCCAUGUGUACGUGCAUCAUGUCUUCCACCUUUUGAUACGUACGAUAAGUCACGGAAGAAGAGUAUGUUUUUGCUGCAAAGGCGUACGGCUUGAGAAGGUGGUGAGACGAGUCCUCCAAACCUCCAAAACCAGUCAUCGUUUCCCCUGCCAAGUUGCCUGGAGGUGGUCCAGCACCCCCCCCCCCGUCCGGCGUCCAUUUUCAUGAUCAUAGAAUCUUACAUCAGUUCCUUGACAGGUGUGUGAGGAGAAGUCGGGUGCACGUACCGUACGGGAGUAAAGUAAGAAGAGGAAGUGAAUCUCAUCAUGAAUUCAGCGCCUCGCUGGCUGCUUUGGCCGCGCACACCUGAGCACCGAGCCUCUAAAAGCCCUCAAGCGAGGCAAUUAGCAUGGGCAAUAAAUCACAUCAACAAUUUGCAUGCACGCCUCAGGUUAGCUUGCCGUGCCGCGUUUAGGACCCACCAUUGGUCUCCGGUGUGCCACCCGUCCACGGCCGGGCUGGGAAGUGGUCUUGACGAAGCAGCCGUCGGUGGUUCGCAGAGCUGACUCUUUUGGAACGCACAAAUGAAUCCCUUAGCAAUUUACUGGUAGCCAGUCCAGGGUGAAGGCCGCCUUACCCACGUACGGCAUCUGGAAAAGUGUAACAUCCUGUAAAAAGCAAGGCCUCUCCGCCAAGAUUUUGGCUCUUGCUGUGUUUAAAUACCAGGAGUGGGACUCGAACCCAUGAGGACUCACAUCCAUUGGAUCCUAAGUCCAACACCUUACCCUCUCGGCCAUCCUGAUGCUCCUUUUCAGGUGCAUGGAAAUCUCGGAGUCUCACCAUUUAUACUGAACAUGUAAACCAGGUUGUGCCAAAUAACUUCUCCUGAGCUUUUCUUCAUGGCACUCACAGAGCACUGUCCUUUUUCUUCUGAAGGAUCACAAACCCAAGUCCUUACAGGAUUUCAUCCUUGUUUUUUGGUCUAUUUUCCCCUGGGAGGCUCUUUUCUUUUCUGUUUGCAUUUUCAUAAGCACUUUAUUUAUUUCAAUUUCUUUUAUUAGCUUGUUUACUAUUAAGGUUUUAUUUUUAUUAUUUUUGCGCUUGUAUUUUUGCAUUUUCAUGGCAAUUUUUGUUAUCAUUUUCAUUAUGUUUAUUAGUGUUGUUUUGCUAUUAUAUUUGCAUUUUCAUUAGCAUUUUCAACUUUAAUCAUUUUGAUGAACAUUUUUAGUAGCAUCAUUUUUAGCCUUUUUUUGACAAUUUUAUUAGCAUUUUAGUUUUUUUAGUAUUUACAGUCAUCAGUUUACGUUUAAAUACCAGGAGCGGAUUUGGAACCAAUAUUUUGGCAUUUUCAUGAGCAUUUUUAAUGAUUUUCAGGAUGUUUCUUAGCAUUUUUUGCUAUUGUUUUUGCAUUUUUUACUUUAACCAUUUUUACUAACAUUUUUUGUGCUUAUUUUUUCCAUUUUUAUAUUAUUAAUAUUAGCAUCUUUUACCAUUUUCUUAUCAUUGUUGUGGUAUUUACAGUCAGCAAGUUAACUUGAAAUACCAGGAGUACUUUUCUUAGCAUUAUUUAAUUUAUCACGUUUGCUUUUUUAUGUUAUGAUGAUGAGCGUGAUUUUUAUCAUUUUUAAUGCUUUUCUUAUCAUUUUGUUUGAGUAUUUAGAGUCACCGGUUUAAGUUGAAAUGUCAGGAGUGGGCUUCAGCCCCGCGUGGGCAUGCAGCCGCUGGCUCUUAUCUGCAAAGUCUUACGCUUUCGGCCAUUCUGACACAUCUCCUUGAUAGCUCAGGCCUCUUGGAGACGCCCGAGCUUCUCUUCCUGUCACUCACACACCGUUAUCUUUCUUUCUUGUCCACCGGAUCUUAAACCCGACGCCUUAACCCACCGGCCACUGCGUUGCGUGAGCACUCCCUCCGAUUCUGCUUCUUCCGACAGUGAAAAGCUAAUCAUUAGUCAACGGCGUACGUCGUCUCCUGGCCUGCGUCACAUCCGUGACAAAGCCCCCCGCUAAUCGUUUCACGCUUCAGUCGCAACCCAGAUUGACAGACGACCACCUGCACUUAACACCAGCAUGUAAUGAUGUGUGGAAUUGACUGCAGUGAUGAAGCCGUCCCCCACGGGGGAGGAAGGGGCUCAUUGCGGCCCCUUCUUCUGGUAUGACUGGCUCGGCCUGACUCGCUUUGACGUCGUGUGUAAAGUAUCGGUCGUGCACAACAUUAGGCACACUUGCACAAGCUGACGACAGAGUCCGGAUUCAGUUUGAGUGGGAUGUGUUUGUUGCAUGUGUGCUUUUCCACCACCAGCAGUGGUGUGCUACGACACCACACACUCGCACGCCGAGGAUGAGCUCUUCAAGACGCUGUUUGCCGGCUACAACAAGUGGUCCAGACCCGUGCCCAACAUCUCCGAUGUGGUCAUCGUCAAGUUUGGCUUGUCGAUUGCUCAGCUCAUUGACGUGGAUGAGAAAAACCAAAUGAUGACGACCAACGUGUGGCUCAAACAGGAGUGGAAUGACUACAAACUACGCUGGAGGCCGUCGGAUUACGACAACGUGACGUCCAUCAGAGUGCCGUCGGAACUCAUCUGGGUGCCGGACAUUGUCCUCUACAACAAUGCCGACGGGGAGUUUGCGGUCACCCACAUGACGAAGGCUCACCUCUUCCACACGGGCAAAGUGCGCUGGGUGCCUCCGGCCAUCUACAAAAGCUCGUGCAGCAUCGACGUCACCUUCUUCCCCUUCGACCAGCAGAACUGCAAGAUGAAGUUCGGCUCGUGGACGUACGACAAAGCCAAGAUCGACCUGGAGCGCAUCGAGAACACGGUGGACCUGAACAACUACUGGGAGAGCGGCGAGUGGGCCAUCAUCAACGCGGUGGGCACCUACAACACCAAGAAGUACGACUGCUGCCACGAGAUCUACCCGGACAUCACCUACUUCUUCAUCAUCAGGAGGCUGCCGCUCUUCUACACCAUCAACCUCAUCAUCCCCUGCCUGCUUAUCUCCUGCCUCACCGUGCUGGUCUUCUACCUGCCGUCCGACUGCGGCGAGAAGAUCACGCUGUGCAUCUCCGUGCUGCUCUCCCUCACCGUCUUCCUCCUGCUCAUCACCGAGAUCAUUCCGUCCACCUCGCUGGUCAUCCCGCUCAUCGGCGAGUACCUCCUCUUCACCAUGAUCUUCGUCACCCUGUCCAUCGUCAUCACCGUCUUUGUCCUCAACGUUCACCACCGCUCCCCCAACACCCACAAGAUGCCGCGCUGGGUCCACUCCGUCUUCCUGGAGCUCAUCCCGCGCUGGCUCUUCAUGCGGCGCCCGGCCCCUAACGCCCGCCGUCGCAGGCUGCUGCUGGAGCGCCAGCGGGGGCGGAUGCCGCCGUGCAAGUCGGGCCUCCUCAGCACCUCGGCCACUUGGGCCAAAGACGGGAAAUCCUCGGGGACCCACCACCGGAAGCACUCCUCGGAGGAUUUGGAGUUGGGGACGCUGACCUCCUAUUUCUCCUUCCGCCCUCCGUCGCCGAAGCUUCCGGGGUCGACGACCCCGCCUCAGCAGAAGAGCAGGCAGCAGACGGGAAGCAGGGGCGGGGCCAACCAGCAGGCCGCGAAAGAUGAACUUCCUGUGGCCGACUUCCCGCUCUCGCCGAGCGUCGUGCACGCUCUGGAAGGUGUGCACUACAUCGCUGACCACCUGAGGGCUGAGGACGCCGACUUUAGCGUGAGAGAGGACUGGAAGUACGUCGCCAUGGUGAUCGACCGCAUCUUUUUGUGGAUGUUCAUCAUCGUCUGCCUGCUGGGGACCAUCGGCCUCUUCCUGCCUCCUUGGCUAGCAGGCAUGAUCUAACACGGUCGUCCUUUUAUACUUCUCUUGUAGCCCACCCCACCGUGGUUGUGCUAACUGCGCUACCGUAUCUUUCUUCCGUCUCUUUUUGCCUAAUUCCCAACCAAGCGAAUUGUGCUAAAGUUAAUAUUAGCAUUGUUAGCAUUCCAGCACCUGGCUAACAUUAGCAUGGGCUGGGACGGGUAGUCGACAAUAAACACUUCAUUUUAGCGUUAAUGCUACAGGUGCUGACUGGUGAAUGUUGACACGCUGGUGCUAAGCGUGUUUUUCUGGCGUGUUCGCUGUCACGCGUCCAGUUUGGCGCAUCGACCAAUAAAGUAGGGUGGUUAUUUGAAAGCUAUUGUUCAACAUCUACCCUUUUGGUUUUGAUAGCAUGUGGCGCAGUAACAGCAGCCUUUUGGAAAUACUUGUACGUCUUCUUACUGAAUGUUUGCCACUUAAGUUCGUUUGAGAGGGAUUAUUCUGCCAGUCAGGGGUUCAUUUUUCAAUGGCCAUGACGUCGCGCCCCACUUUUAUUUAUUUUUAUUCAAUGAAAUUAUUUUGUACACUUUUAUUCAAAUCAUUUUAAUUUGAUUUAUUUUUUUUAGGAUUUUUGUACACUUUUAUAUAAGACAUUUUUAUUUUUCACACUUUUAUUUAGGUCAUUUUUUAAUUUGUGUAAUUUCAUAUACUUUUAUUUCUGUUAUUUUUAUUUGUAUUUAUGUUUGAUUGUUUUUGUACAUUUGAUUUUUUACACUUUUAUGUAGGUCAUUUUUUUAUUUUUAUAGAAAUAUUUUUAUAAUAUUUUUUAAUUUAAGUCAUUUUUAUUUCUGUCUUUUUUGUUAAUUUUUUAAAAUUUCUUUUAUAAUUUCUAAUGCUUUUAUUUAAGUCUUUUUAUUUUUUAAAAAUGAUUUUGUACCCUUUUAUUUGAGUUGUUUUUAUUUUAUUUUUUAACACUUGUUUUUAGGUCUUUUUAAAUUUGUAUUUCUUUUUCUAAUUUCUCAUGCUUUUAUUGAAGUCAUUUUUAUUGUGUUUACAUUUCUUCGUUAUGCCUUCAUGUAUUUCUUUGUAUUUAGUGUGUUGAAGUGGAGCCUAGCGAAUGUAUUUGUGGUUCCUACUUGCCAUAAUUGUCAUGUGAUGAAACAUGAUUACGUUGUUAUGAAGGCAUUUUGUCAAGGAAACGAGGAAGAACACGAUAACUGCGUGCGUAGGCGUAAUAAAUCCAAUUCAGUAUCGGGGAUUAGGAUUAGGAUUAGGACUAGGUAGAGGUAGGGUUAGGUUUGGGGGGUGGUGUUAGGCACAAAGUGAGGUAUUUCACUUGUAACUGUGUAACGUACAUGCCAGUACAUGCAGUACAUGAAGGAGGAAGAUGACUAAAAUAUUGCUCAAUUGUACUUCAAAAUAAAUCAGACAUGAGUUGUA